ACUUAAAAGUUAAAACCUUGAGCUCUGUUCGGAGAUUCUCUCCUUCACCCGCGCACCUCUGGCAAGGGUGUGGGGCUCCCGGCGUGGGCCUUCAUCCUUUUCUCCAAGUUUCCGUUCCCUCCGUUAAUUUUCUCGAUUUUCUGAAAAAGUUUUCCGGCGAAUGAAUCUGUGUGUGUAGCAAGCAUGGAAGCUGAGAAGGUUUUGAUGGAAUACUACAUUCCCGAUCACAUACUAUUAUCUGAAAUAGAAGCAACAGCGUCUCAUGAACAAGCACCGCCUCCUUGCCCCGUCAUAGUGUUUAUUAAUUCCAGAAGUGGUGGCCAGCUUGGGGGUGAACUUCUUUUGACCUAUCGUAGGCUUCUAAACAAACAUCAGGUAUAUGAUUUGGGGGAAAGAGCUCCCGACAAGGUGCUACACCAGCUUUAUUCUAACUUGGAGAAGCAUAAGCGAAAUGGAGAUAAAAUGUGUUUCGAAAUCGAGAAGAGAUUGAGAAUCAUUGUUGCAGGGGGUGAUGGAACAGCUGGCUGGCUUCUAGGAGUGGUUUCGGAUCUUAAACUAGCAUGCCCACCACCAAUUGUAACAGUGCCUUUAGGAACAGGAAAUAAUCUCUCUUUUGCAUUUGGCUGGGGGAAAAAGAACCCCGGUACGGACUGCAGCUCAGUCAAGGACUUCUUGGCUCAAGUAAGGAAUGCGAAAGAGAUGAAAGUUGACAGUUGGCAUAUUUUUAUGCGAAUGAGGGCUCCCAAUGAAGGUUCUUGUGAUCCCAUCCCACUUCUUGAGCUACCACCUUCAUUGCAUUCCUUUAAGCGUGUCUCUCAAACAGAUACAUUAAAUGAGGAUGGCUACCACACAUUUCGAGGAGCAUUCUGGAACUACUUCAGCAUGGGGAUGGAUGCACAAGUUUCUUAUGCAUUUCACAGCGAGAGGAAACUACGUCCUGAAAAAUUUAAAAACCAAUUAGUUAAUCAGACUACCUAUGCAAAGCUUGGUUGUACUCAAGGAUGGUUUUGGGCUUCUCUUACACAUCCAUCCUCAAAGAAUAUUGCACAGCUAACUAAGGUUAAAAUCCUGAAAAAGACAGGUGAUUGGAUAGACCUCGACAUACCUAGAAGCAUCAGGUCCAUUGUGUGCCUCAACCUCCCCAGCUUUUCUGGUGGACUCAAUCCUUGGGGAAGUCCCAAUAAGAAAAAGCUCCACGAGAGAGACUUGACACGGCCGUAUGUUGAUGAUGGGCUGAUUGAGGUCGUUGGAUUUCGGGACGCUUGGCAUGGCCUCGUUUUGCUUGCUCCAAAUGGGCACGAAAGGCGCCUUGCACAGGCACACGGAAUUCGGUUUGAGUUCCAUAAAGGGGCAGCUGACCACACAUUCAUGAGGAUUGACGGAGAACCAUGGAAACAACCCCUUCCUUUGGAUGGUGACACUGUUGUUGUGGAGAUUUCUCAUUUUGGACAAGUGACCAUGCUCGCUGCUCCCAACGGCUGCAGGUCUACGAGUGUUCUUUUUUAAAGAGGACAUGUCCUUUUUAUUGAGCAACUAGAAACCUUACAUUAAUUCAAGGAGGUUGUAGCAUCAUAUUUUACCAAUAUAAUGAUCCCGUUUGAGAACUGAUCAUGAAAAGAAUUAGAAAUAUAGUCUUUAGCCUAUGUUUGGUUGGAUGGAAACGUAAUUUAUUGAAAUCUCAUAAUUAUCAACGUUUCUAUCUUCAUCUGAAUUAUUCGCAUCUUCAGAGAUGGUUAAAUCCUCAUUUGAAACAAAUUGUUCGUUGAUAUUAUUUUUUAUAUCAACAUGCUCGGUUCGUUCAUUUUCUUUCUUUGAAGAAUGAACGUCUUUUGUUUCAAAUUUUAAACAUUUAUUUUAAAAGUAAACACACCAUAACAGCGUAAAUUAAAAUAUUUAAACAGUAGUAGUUCCACCAAAGGCCACCUCAUCACCAAUUUCAGCAUCAUCCAUGUAGAAAUCGGACACGUCAAAUUUAGGCAAAAUUGGAUUGAUAUCAUCAGCAUAAUUAGCCUCCACAUUUUUUCCUUUUCCUUUUGUGGAAGCUUGGUAUAAUUUUACCAAGUGUUUUGUCAUUCGACAUUCAUUAGCCCAAUGUCUUUUUAUGCCACAUUUAUAGCAUUCACCACUUGGUUUUGGCU